GCUCCCCCCGUUCUGGGAGUGUUUCCCAUUUAAACAAACACCGUCCUGCCGAAGAUGGCGGAGAGUUUGUAGAGGCGUUAAAAAGAAACUGCUGUGCUCUAUGAAAGCGUCGACGCCGGAGAUGUUAAGACAUUGAAGAGACACUAGACCCUGAAUGGAGCUUGACUGGGGCUUGUUCUGGCCGAGGUGCUGAUAUGUGAUGAAGAUGAGUGGUGUUGGAGACAACUCGUUGGAGCCGCUGUGCUCCGACCGCAAACGUAAACUGUCCACAUGUGACACACCAGGUUUAGGGUGUGACAAGCGUCGGAGGGAACAGGAGAGCAAGUACAUCGAGGAGCUGGCUGAGCUCAUCUCUGCCAACCUCUCCAACAUCGACAGCUUCAACGUCAAGCCUGACAAAUGUGCCAUCCUCAAGGAGACCGUGAGGCAGAUCAGACAAAUCAAAGAGCAAGGAAAAAGUUCUUGCAGUGAUGACGAUGUCCAGAAGGCGGAUGUGUCCUCCACUGGUCAAGGGGUCAUUGACAAGGACCAUCUGGGGCCGCUACUCCUACAGGCCUUGGAUGGCUUUCUGUUUGUGGUGAACCGAGAGGGCAACAUAAUAUUUGUGUCAGACAAUGUGACCCAGUACCUGCAGUACAAGCAGGAAGAGCUGAUCAAUACCAGUGUGUACACCAUCAUCCACGAUGAGGACCGGGAGGAGUUUCACAAGAAUCUGCCCAAGUCCAACGCACCAAAUGGGGCAUCAUGGGGUGGAGAGGUGCCCCGGCAGAAGAGUCACACCUUCAACUGUCGUAUGCUAGUGAACUUUGUUCAUGGUCAGAGUCAUGGGUUGUCAGAUGAGAGACCUGGAGGCCAACGCUAUGAGACCAUGCAGUGUUUUGCCCUCACGCAGCCCCGGGCUAUGAUGGAGGAGGGAGAAGAUUUGCAGUCUUGUAUGAUUUGUGUUGCGCGACGCAUCACAGCAGUAGAGAGAACAGAGAGGUUUAGUACUCGCCAUGAACUGUCUGGUAAACUGAUUGAAAUCGAACACCAGAGCUCUCUUCACACCACUAUGCGCCCAGGCUGGGAGGACCUGGUGAGGCGUUGCAUGCAGAUGUUCCUCCAACACAGCGAAGGCCAACCGUGGUCCUACAAACGUCACUAUCAAGAGGCUUUCCAUAAUGGCCACUCAGAGACCCCACUCUACCGCUUUUCACUCUCUGAUGGCACCCCAGUCACAGCCCAGACUAGGAGUGACCUCUGCAGGAAUCCCAACACCAAUGAGCCACACUCUUUUUUGUCCACACACCUGCUACAAAGAGAGCAAAAUGGUUAUCGGGGAAACCAAGGCGGAAGCAUGAGGCCUCAAAGCAUGGGUGUGAACAACCCCAACCAACAGAUGAACAUGGGCCCAGGAGGAGGCAUGAACAGGGGCUAUGGCAUGGCUGACCAGGCCAACAUGCCACACAGAGGAAUGCCUCCAUAUGCUGGGGGCAACCGCAUGAAUCAGAUGAAUCCCAUGCAUCAGAUGAACAACGUCGGUCAAAUGAAUUCCAUGCAUCCAGUUAACUCGAUGAACCAAAUGGGGCCCAUGAAUCAGAUGGGCCACCAUGGCAUGCACCAGCAGCAGCAGCACCAGCAGCAGCACCAACAUCAACAGAUGGGUCAGUUCCAUGGAGGAGGAGGUGGACCUGGAGGCGGAGGGUAUGGCAUGGGAAUGACCAGCCCCCCUCAGGCCAGUCCAGGGAUUAACGGCCCCCCACACAAUGUCAUGGGCUCACCCAGAGUCCUAGGAAGCCCCAAGAUGGCUGCUAGCCCCUUCUCUCCUGGUGGUAUGAACUCUCCCAUGAGCUCCAGUCACCCUGGUCACCCUGGUAACUCUGGAGGGGGAGGCACCACCUUUUCCAGCAGCUCCUUGAAUGCCCUCCAAGCCAUUAGUGAGGGAGUGGGCAAUCCGAUGCCCUCCCCACUCACCUCUCCUCCCCCUCACAAACCUGACAGCUCCCCAAGCAUCAACUCCACCAACCAGUCUUCAGGUGGACCGUGUAAACCUGGCCUCCCAGCCUACUCUGACUCUAAGAGCCCAGGCAGCUCAUUGGGGGCUGGAGUAGAGCAGCCGUCGCAGCAGCACCCACACACCCCCACCAGCGAGGGGCCUCCUGACAAGCCAGACAGCCAGGUCAGCAGAGAGAUGGGUCCGACCGGGGGAGAAACCGGUCGAAGGGUCCCUGACAGCAGAUGUCACAAGAAACUUCUGCAACUCCUCACUUCCCCAACAGAUGAGUUGGUGCCACCUAAUCACACAUCAAGCUCUGGACCCACCUCCUCGCCUGAGUCUAAAGAUGGAACAGCAGGUGUCACCAGCCCCUCCUCUUCAACAGGAGUGUCCUCCUCUACAGGCGGAAAUCAUGGCGCUGUGUCCUCCUCUGGUGGCACAGGACAUUUAUCGAGUCAGUCGCUGCAGGAAAAGCACAAGAUCCUCCACAAGCUCCUCCAGAACGGGAACACUCCUGAUGAUGUGGCUCGCAUCACAGCCGAGGCCACUGGGAAGAGCAGCUUGGAUUCAGAGCCUGGGCCUGCUGCCCCUGCAGGAGUUAGGGGGUCCGAAUCCAAACAGGAGCAGCACAGCCCUAAGAAGGAGAAGCCUCACGCGCUCCUUCACUACCUCCUCAAUAAAGAUGACACAAAAGAAGGUGGAGAUAUCAAGCCAAAGCUGGAGGAGCUGGAGGGGAGAGGACCUCAGGGGGCAGGGGUUACCAGCUCUGAUCCCCACUGCAUGGAGGGAAAGGUCAAAUUAGAGCCAACUGAUGAGACGGAGACUCUGGAGACCAUCCUUGGUGUCCCAAGGAACAACUCUGGCUUCUACCCUGAACCAGACUCCAGAGUAGGGAAGGAAGUGGGAAACAAACAAGGAAAUCUUCCUGACAGUUUACAUGAAGGGGAGAAAGGCCCCAUACCGCCAGGUCAGCGUGCUGUCUAUCAAAGAGCUUUGUCCGUGGAUGCCAAGCCCAUGGGUGCAGAGGGGCCAGUAGGAGGCGGGCUAGCUGUGAGAAGGAACGUCCCCUGUCCCACAUUGGUCAAACAGGAGAAUGUGGAUGCUCCAAUCCGACCUGGGGGUGUUCCCAAUGGCUUUCCCGGAGGCAUGGGAGUGUGUCCACCGCGAGGAAAUCCAAGAGGAAUGGGCAGAGGUAUGGGAAUGCCCCAGCGCCCUCCCAUGGCAGGGCCAGGGGAGUGGGGGAUGCCGAGGUCUAGCGUCAGCCCUACAAUUGGACCAGGACACCCGGGCAUGGGUCGCUCUGGCCCAAUGGGAGGUCCCAUGAUGAACCGCUCCAACAGUGUACCUGGAAACACCAGGUCCAUGCUGCAGCAGCAGCUCAUGGAUAUGGGUACCAAUGAAGCCAGUAUGAGCAUGAGCCCGUUUCGUGGACAUGGACCUCCGCCUCGGUCCCCCUCCUGGCCAGACUCUGCUAUGGGAAUGGACCGACCACAGAUUAAAACAAACAGGGACCAGUUUGCGCACCCCCUGCAUGAGUUGCUGGGGCCCCGAACCAGCAGCGAAGGCCCGAGUGAUGAGCGAGCACUUCUGGACCAGCUAGACUCUCUACUCAACACGGCUGAUGUCAGUGCUCUGCAGGAGAUAGACCGAGCCCUUGGCAUCCCUGAUAUAGUCGGCAAGACCAACAGACCUGAAGGUCACCCGCAGGAUCCAGGCCGCGGUCCAGGUCGAGGUCCAGGUCGGGGUCAGUGCCCACCAUCGGAGCCUUUCCCAGUGCCCCCAGAGUCAUCCAUAGGCAUGGACAAAAAAGCCAUGUAUGGACAGGGCUACCCUGGCACCCCAGGCCCCCCCUCCGUGGGCAUGCAAGCUGGUUACAGCGGCAACACAAUGCAAGGCCAGUCUCCUGCAGGCUUCAACCCUAUGAUGAAUCAGAUGGGCCAAACAGGGAGCUUCCCAGGCAUGGGGGGUAUGGGCAACCCCCGUGCAAACAUGAUGAGACCUCGCAUGAUGGCCACCAAGCCUCUCCGACUGCAGCUACAGCAGAGGCUGCAAGGGCAGCAGUUUAUGAACCAGACCCGACAAGGCAUGAAGAUGGAAAACGUCCCAGGAGGAAAUCCUGCCAUGCGUCCAGGCAUGCAAGCCGGCAUCCAACCCGGCAUCCAACCCGGCAUGCAAAAUGCAGGCAUGGGUGGUCAGCCUGGUUUCCUCAACGCUCAGAUGAUGGCUCAGCGCAGCAGAGAGAUGAUGACCAUGCAGAUGAGGAGGCAGCGGAUGAUGAUGCUGAUGCAGCAGCAGCAGCAACAGCAGCAACAGCAGCAGCAGGGGCAGGGAGCAGCAGGAGGCUUCAGCCCUCCUCCGAAUGUCACUGCACCAGCAGGCAUGGACCACCCCAUGGGAGGACCCCCCUUAAACCAACCUGGACAGCAGGGCUUCAACUAUGGAGGCAGCUAUGGGAUGAACCAGCAGGGGGAUCCAUCUUUCAUGGCUCCCGGUAGCAGCCCACCAGGAAACGUGAUGCAAGGACGAAUGGGGGGCCCUCCUCAGAACACCGUGACGCCAGGGAUGCAAGGAAACCCACAGGGAGGGGCCAUGUACCCAUCUGGUGACAUGAAGGGCUGGCCACAGGGCGGCAUGCCUCGCAACAGCUCAUACUCGCAGCAACAAUACCCCCAGCAAAGCAACCAGGGCCAGUUUGGACCCAUGAUGAUGAACAACUCCAUGGCUGGACCUGGGCCGGUCAGCGGGCCCGGGGCAGGACAGUUGGGCCAGAUGCCGGGCCAGAUGCCGGGCCAGAUGCAGGGCCAGAUGCAGGGCCAGAUGCAGGGCCACAUGGGCAUGAACCCCAUGGGAAUGGGUAGAAUGCCAAUGGGACCUGAUCAGAAGUAUUGCUGAGGACCUGUGGAUGGCAGCAGAAACCGGAGCCUUUCACCUGUAGCAAAGUGGCCCGGGCCAUGAGAAGAGCUGGGCCGACACACACACAAACACACACACACAGUAGGAGUUCCCCUCCAUAAAAUGUAACGCAGGAGACUCAACACAACGCAGUGUUCAUCCUGAAGGAAGUGGGCUACGAGGACGAGCCUGCAUCAGGUUUCAUCUCCAACUGAAGCCUCACAACCCUAUUUAGGUUAUGCACACACGCACACAAAAUAUCUGUGUGUGUGUGUGUGUGUGUGUGUGUGUGUGUGUGUACGCAUGAAUGAGCUGCAGCUGUCGGGCAGUAUUUAGCGUCACAGUCAGGCUGCAAAGAGGGACUACGGUACAACUGAUUGUGGCCGCACUUUACCUGGAGGCUUCUGUGUGGAAUAACGAUCGAUGCAAUAUUUCUUCAUCAUUAAAGCCUUACUAGAGAUUCAAUGCCUUCACAACAAUGGGUUUCUUCUCGGUUGUUUCUUUUUUAUCCUUUGGAUGCGCCUCAUUCUUUAAGACGUUGGAAGCUCUAAGCACAGUUUUACUAUGUUAUGCAGAUUGGAGCAAUAACUCUCACCUCUAUGCUUUAGACUGUAUCUGAGCACCAUCACCCCUCCUAUGAGCAAACAAAUGGUACUGCAGUAUUAGAUGUCUCAAAUGUCCUCUGUGAACAUGAAUUGUAAAUAAUCUACAAAAUAUAUCAAACAUGUUUUUUAAAGGCCCAUUAUUGCACAGAGUAUGAGACCUGGUUGUAUUUUUGUGUCCCAUAUGCCAAUCCGGAUUUGGUUCAUUAGCUUUUUUUUUUUUUGCGGAGGCAAAUAUUGCAGGUGUGUUUGGGUUUUCCUUCCCUUGUUUGUCUUUAUCUUGAUGCUGUAUUUUUAAAUUUUCUGAAAAGUCAUUUCAUGUUUUAGCGAGGCACUUUUUAAUUGUGAUGAGGAUCUGAUGAGUUGAGGCUUUGAGCUUUCAGCUGUCAGAGGUUUUUAUUGGAAGGGGGAGGAAAUGAAUUCUGUCAGGACUGUCCGUCAAAUUAUUUGUUGGUGUGUGCGCGUGCGUGCGUGUGAAUUAUACAUGUUGAGAGGACCCGACUCUGUUGACACAGUCACAUUAUGGUGGCUUGUCUUCCUUAUAGGGACAAAAAGAAACACCCACAUAAUGAGGUAGGCUAGGGGAUGUUAGGUUUGGGGUUAGGCAAUAAGUAGUUAGAGUUAAGGUUAGUGUAAGUCUCCAGGAAUUCAUUAUAAGUCAAAACUUAUAUGCUCUUCAAGUCAUGAAGUUGUGUGUGUGUGUGUGUGUGUGUGUGUGUGUGUUGCGUGCGUGCGUGUGUGUGUGUUGCAGUGAAGACGGGAACACACAGCUCACCAACAGACCUCUGGUCCUUGCAGAGUUCUCUCUCCCUCCCACCAGCUCUGUGUCUGUGUCCAGUGUAUUUUAUUAGCAGCAUCUUCUUUUGACUGUUAUUCUCAGCUCGCUGAAUCUACCUUCUCAACAUGCGCAAUCCAAAGAUAUUUUCCACAUCUCUGUAUAGUUUCUGAGGUUUCUGGUGUACAUUUUUUUAUCAUACGUGUCAUGUUAUUCUGAUGGUAAAUGGGUACAUAUCAUGGAUCUGUAAUCACAUAUGACGGUUGUGUACUGCAAGCGUAUCGGUGCAGUGCAAAGGACCAGACUGGUCCCAGCCCCACAGCAGAAGGUUUUUACAUCCAGAGAGAAGAAAAGAGAAAGCAUGUUUUGCUGUGAAAGAGAAAUAUUAAUGGAAUGAAUUCAACUUAAAGACAUAUCAAUAUCUCCUAUUUUUUGGGAAACAACUUCAUUUUAUGUGCAUAUUUUGUUACUUCAGGAAAAAUGAACUUUGUAGAGUUUUGAUGGAGUACAAAAAAGAGAUGAGCGACCCUUUGGUUUGUUUCUGUUUUUCUUUGUGUGGAGGUAAGAUAAGCUGUCAUUUUUACAGGAUGUAUAUUACAGAUUUUUUUUCUUUUCUUUUGAUGUUGAUAUUGAUGUAAAUACAAAUUUCUAUUUAAACA